AUGGUGAACAGUCUCUGGUUCAAGUGGAAGAGCCUUCGGCUACCCUGGCGACGAUCUUUCUUGGUCGGCCAAGACCUCGCCGGAAAUACUUUCUGGGAGUUCAAGGACGUUGCGAAUGCCAACCGAUUCCGCCGGAUUGUGAAAUUCGAUCCCAAGACACAUUACGGAGAUGUCCAAGUCACACCACAAUGGCAUCAAUGGCUUCGAUAUGUUCGACAAGAUCCGCCGAGUCUUGAAGAACAGCAGCAGGACUUGGUUCGCCAAGCGCAGAUCAAGCACCUCGCUCGACUUGCAGAUGAACGCUGGGCCAGCAAGCCGUCUUUCCUUGACAAACCAAAGACCCAACAACCACUACCACCCACAGAACCCGCUAAACCCUCGGUGAAUCCGACCACCGAGUCUCCUCCAGAAACCUCGACAUCCACACCCCCGACUCCUACCCCCAAACCUGCAUCUGCCAAACCGAAGGCCCCGAAGGAGGAUCCGUGGGCGAAGGCGAACCCCGGUAAUCCUGGAGACACCUGGCAGCCAGAGUCAUGGACCCCUUCAUCAAAGCGGUGA